AUGGGGUCUACUCAUUACGCUCCUUUUGCGGGGAUAUUCCCAGACUCUAAAAGCGCCCGCGAUUAUCGUAUUGUAGCCACGCGCUUCGAUCGAAAGCCUUACAGGCCACCUAGUAGCGACCCUUCUAUCGAAGCGCUAAGGAAUGAUCGCCACGCCCAAGUCAAGCGGAUAUACGAUGCCAUGACUCGUUCAGACGCUGCCAAAGACAAUGUGAAUUCCAUUGCGAUGCGCCGAUGGGCUCAUGCGGCAUUCUAUGCUUCUGAAAUGGUUGAAGCCUACGCACACAAAGUGUUCGACACUCUUCUCGAACAAGCUUGCGAAGGCUUUCGCGGUUUCAGCCACAACGACUAUGCGUCCGACGAAAGGAAAGGAGAACCGGAAGAUAAGACCGUCAGCUGCGCUGAGCGUCUCGAAAAUGUUCUUCGCGGGUUGGAAGAAGAGAAAACCAUCUGUGAGGAUGUCAUGGCGUCCAACCAUUACAUUAGAAUGUUCGUCAAUGCUCCACGCGCAUAUGCUCGCCGAAAGGAGGCAAAUCGACUUGGAAACAGCAAGAGGGGGAAG